AAGUUAACUACGUAAUAACAAAUAACAAUGAUCGUGUGGAUGUUAUCAAACACAACGAAUUGGAGGGAAACUAUGCUUUGACAGUUUGGAGAAAAGGAAAGUAAUUUAAUCAGGUGGCCUUAGCGUAUCCCUGGGCGAUGGAGGCGAAGAAACGGAGCGGUCGCCAGCCAAUGGGAGGGCCCUCCCAGGCCAAGCGAGGCCGAGUGGGCGGGGACAGGGAAGGUAGCCCCUCCCUCUUUGAGGAGGAGCUGGCGCUGCCGGACGAACCCGAGAUGGAGGCGGAGUCACAGGAGGGCCAGGCCGGGCAGGACCUCAUCCCCAUUGGGGACCUCUUCUCUGCUGAUUUAAACCCCCAGUGGCCACGCCCCACCGCCCCCCCUCUCCAAGCCCAGACCGACCAGCUCACCUUCCAGCAGAUAGACCUGGACUAUUACUUGGGAUCCCCGGUGGCGGGAAUGCCUGGUCAGUCUCAGGGCAGCGCUCCGAUCGUCAGGAUGUUCGGAGUGACGGACGGCGGGAACUCUGUGUGCUGCCACGUGCACGGCUUCGCCCCCUACCUUUACGUCCUCGCCCCCGCAGGGUUCUCCAGUUCCCAUCUCAGUGAGUUCCAGAAGGAGCUGAACUCUGCUGUGCUGAAGGACAUGCGCACAAACAAGGACAACCUCUCUGCUGCUGUCCUGGCAGUGGACGUCACGCACAAAGAGAAUCUCUAUGGCUUUCGCGGGAUACAGCCCCAGGACUUCCUGCGCAUCACCGUGGCAACUCCACGCCUGAUCGCCGCGGCCAAACGACUUCUGGAGCAGGGCUUUAAAUUCGGUCCUUUCCCGGCCCAGAAGUACGCCACUUUCGAGGCCAAUAUAGACUUUGAGAUCAGGUUCAUGGUGGACAGCGCGGUGGUGGGGUGCUGCUGGAUCCAGCUGCCUGCUGGGAGGUACAGAGCCAGAGAGGAGAGGGGCCCGGGGGAGGCCGUCUCGCGCCUCCCAACCAAGGUGACGCUGUGCCAGUACGAGGUGGACGUGGCCUGGGACGACCUCGUCAGCCACCCGGUCGAGGGCGAGUGGCAGCGGAUCGCCCCCGUCAGGGUGCUGAGCUUUCACAUGGAGUGUGCUGGCAGGAAAGGCAUUUCCCCCGAGCCGGACACAGACCCGGUGAUCCAGAUCGCCUCCGUGGUCCAGCGCCAGGGAGAGAUGGAGCCCUUCAUCCGCACCGUCUUCACCCUGCAGUCCUGCGCCAGCAUCAACGGCUCCCAGGUGCUCUGCUUCUCCCAGGAGGCACAGCUGCUGCAGAGCUGGGCGGAGUUUGUGAGGACGGUGGAUCCUGACAUCAUCACAGGCUACAAUGUCCAGAACUUUGAUUUGCCGUAUCUUCUGAACCGAGCGGCUGUAUUGAAGGUGGACCUAUUCCCGUACCUGGGCCGGGUUCGCGGGAUAAGAUCCGUGCUGCGCGACUCCAGCUUCCAGAGCAAGCAGAUGGGAAGGAGAGAGAAUAAGCGCAUCAACGCGGAGGGCAGGGUGCAGUUUGACCUGUGUCAGGUGCUGCUGAGGAACUACAAGCUGCGCUCCUACACCCUGAGUGCCGUGAGCUUCCUCCUGCAGGAGCACAAGGACACCAUGCAGCCCUUCGUCAUCACCGACCUGCAGAGUGGUAAUGAGCAGACGCGUCGGCGCGUGGCGAUGCUGUGUCUGAAGGACGCGUGGCUGCCCCUGCGUCUCCUGCAGAAGCUCAUGUGUGUGAUUAACUACAUGGAGAUGGCCCGCGUCACGGGCGUGCCCCUCUCCUACCUGCUGUCCCGCGGCCAGCAGGUCAAAGUGGUGUCCCAGCUGCUCCGGCAGGCCGCAAAGAAAGGUUUUGUGAUGCCGGUGGUGAAGAUGGAGGGAGGAGAGGACUACAGUGGAGGUACUGUCAUCGAGCCGGAGAAAGGGUACUACAACGUACCCAUCACCAUUCUGGACUUCUCCUCCCUCUAUCCCUCCAUCAUGAUGGCUCACAACUUGUGCUACACCACCCUCCUCAAGAAGGGCUCUGCAGAGAAGCUUGGUCUUUCCGCGGAGCAGUUCAUCAAGACGCCGACGGGGGACUACUUUGUGAAGAGCUCCGUGAGGAAGGGCCUGCUGCCAGAGAUCCUGGAGAGCCUGCUGUCUGCCAGGACGAGGGCAAAGGCAGAGCUGAAGAAGGAGACAGACCCCUUCAAGAAGCAGGUACUGGACGGCCGACAGCUGGCUCUGAAGAUGAGCGCUAACUCUGUGUACGGCUUUACGGGCGCCCAGGUGGGGAAGCUGCCCUGCCUGGAGAUCUCACAGAGUGUGACCGGUUUUGGGAGGCAAAUGAUCGAGAAAACAAAGCAGCUUGUGGAAUCCAAGUACACCAUCAGCAAUGGUUACCAAGCCGACUCCAAGGUGAUCUACGGGGACACGGACUCCGUGAUGGUGAAGCUGGGCGUGUCCACUGUGAGGGAAGCCAUGGAGAUGGGGCGUGGGGCAGCCGCGUGGGUCUCCACCUACUUCACCCCUCCCAUCAAGCUCGAAUUCGAGAAGGUGUAUUACCCAUACCUGUUAAUAAACAAGAAACGCUAUGCUGGCCUGCACUACUCCUCCAGGCCAGACACUUAUGACAAGAUGGAGUGCAAAGGGAUAGAGACAGUGCGCAGAGACAACUGCCCCCUAGUGGCCAAUCUAAUCAACUCCUGUCUGCAGAAGAUUCUUAUUAACAGGGACCCCCAGGGGGCGGUAGAGCACGCCAAGGAGGUGAUCUCAGACCUGCUGUGCAACCGCAUCGACAUCUCCCAGCUGGUCAUCACCAAGGAGCUGACCAGGAACGCCCAGGAGUACGCUGGGAAGCAGGCCCACGUGGAGCUGGCUGAGAGGAUGAGGAAGCGGGACGCUGGCAGCGCCCCCCAGCUGGGAGACCGAGUGCCCUACGUCAUCAUCCAAGCAGCGAAGGGGGCCGCCGCUUAUAUGAAGUCUGAGGACCCGCUGUACGUGCUGGAGAACAGCGUCCCCAUCGACGCACAGUACUACCUGCAGCAGCAGCUCUCCAAGCCCCUGCUCAGGGUGUUUGAGCCCAUUCUGGGGCAGAGCCAAGCAGAGAGGAUCCUACUGAAGGGAGAACACACCCGGUGUAAGACUGUUCUCACCUCCAGAGUGGGGGGCCUGAUGGCCUUCGCCCAGAAGAGGAACACCUGCAUCGGCUGCAGGGCAGUGCUCAAGACCGAUGCGGCUCUCUGUGACUUCUGUAAGAAGAGGGAGUCUGAGCUGUACCAGAGAGAGGUGGCCUACCUGAACCACCUGGAGGAGAGAUUCUCCAGGCUGUGGACCGAGUGCCAGCGUAGCCAGGGGUCUCUGCACGAGGCAGUGCUGUGUACCAGUCGAGACUGUCCCAUCUUCUUCAUGAGGAAGAAGGUACAGAAAGAUCUAGAAGAUCAGCAAAAGCUGGUGUCCAGGUUCGGAUGGUGAGGCGUUCAGAGUGGGAACGCAUCUCUGUGACAGGAAGGGGGAGCAUCACUCCAUAUCACACUUUACAUUCUCAGGGCAAACCUUUUCUGUAAAAGGUUCUGUAAAACACUAUGCACUAUAUUUUGUAAACUUGAUAGAAAAUAAACUUCCUUUUCUGAUUUCUUUGAAUAACCUUUAAAAAAAAAAAAAAAAAAAAGACUGCUCACAAGGAACUUGAAUGUCAGUUGCUCUGCUCAUAAGAUCUGGACCAAUGGAAAAACUCAUGAACAGAAAGCCCACGAACAGGAGAGAGUUUUACAGCCAAACGUUUUGGAUUGGACCACAACCCGAGUACAGCGGCAACCAACGAAUCAACAGACGCCUCUCGUGACCAACUGACCGAGGUUCUGUCGUCUUGGUAGCCUUCACCCUAAAUUUCCCUUAUCUCCUUCCUCUCCCAGCCCUAGAUAAUAAUGCCAUCCCCCCAUCACUCACCACUUCAGACAGGACACGGACAAAGCUUUAACCAAAAUUUCACUUUAUUGACACUUAAGCACCUUUCACAGGUGCGGGAAUGACAGCACAGUUUGGUCCGGACAUCUUUAAACCGGGACGAAUAACAGGGGAAUUCUACGAGCGUGGCUGACAUUCGGGAGCAUGCGUGGGGCAGUUGGGGGGGGCGGGGCCAGGAGCCCCCACUCUCGCCCAAUAGGCCGGGUCGGGUCUCAGUCUGGUGCUACUGAAGUUGCCGUGGUAACUGAAGCCCGUCGCGAGCAGGUUCUUGACGACUCCAAAGGCAACAGAAGUGUAAUACUUCUCUAAAAGAAGGACGGAGAUCAUUACUGUCCACGAGACAUUUAAUACGGAAGGGAACUUGACUUUUGAGGUGGAAGGGAAUAGAGCUUUUGUUACAUUUAAAAACAUUUUUUAUAAAGGGUUCCCAUGCACCUUUGUUCUCAGAUCCCCCCCAUCCCUUUCUCUUUCUACCCCCCUCCCAUCACCCGCUUUAACACUGCUCAACACUCGCUACCACUUCCCAGGAACUGCCCAAUUCUAAACCCACAAUGACAGUUGCUUCGCCCAUUGCUAUCAUGCGUUACAAUUCAUCCAUUCCUGUUGUGAAGACAUCUGCAGAUCUACCUGCUCGCCGGUGAACUGCAGUCCAGAAGGGCCACAGCGUCUACAGGCUUCGUGGCAUCACCCUGGAACCAGGCUCUUUAGCCAUUCAGUCAUUAAAUUCUGCACUCAAGUGCAGGAACAUAAAAAAAAAAAAAAAAUGAACAGCAGACACUGGGCUCUCUCCAAUGGCUUAUUUUUCACCUCCUUUCUCUUCUCCUUGCCCCUGCUCCACCCGUCGGGGAGGCAGGUAAAGGGAGCGAGAAACAGACGAAUUAGGCUAACGGGAUGUCCUCGCUCCUUCACAUGUCUGGUGGAGGCCACGUCAGCAGAGGCAGCUGGGGGGAUGCGGACCCGUGGGUCGAUCGCUUAUCCGAAGAGAGACUUCCGCAAAGGACGCGCCUGCGUCUCCCCGCGCAAGAGAAGUUACGCUUCCAGCUCCUAGAAGGAACGCUCACCAGGAUGGAACUUCCCAGGGUGAAGACGGCGGACCUCCAUCGAUUUCCAGGUCAGGCAAAGGAGACGGAGACAGGAGGUGAAAAAGAAACUAUUGGAAAGAGCCCACCGUAGUCCUCCAGGAUUUGAGCUUCAGAUGCCCGUUACCAAGAGUGAAGUUACGCGCACAGAACUCAAGUUUAGAAUAUUCUACACAGUACUGCUUUUUAAACUUAAAUGGUGGGGGAUGGACGAGUUCAACAGGAACGGGGGCCGUUUCUGCAGUGUCUGGGCGAGGUGGAGUGGGGAGGAGGAUUGUGGGGAUUGUAGUGCGCAGGGUGGGGACAGCUUCAGCUGAGGCAGUGUCGCGGAGCUGGGCGGCUGCGGCCAGGCCGUGCCGUCGCUAUAGCAGCGUGCAGCGUCUCUGUGAGCUCUUCUUGUUCUUCUUGUUGCUGCGAUUGGUCUCCUUGUACCGUCUGAUCUCCCGCACCAGAGAGUAGAAUGCCUCCUCCACCCCCUGAGCGAGGGAGAGGGAGAGGGAGGGAAAGAGAGAGGGAGAGAGAGAGAGAGAGGGGGUGAGAGAGCGACUGGUUGAUUGUAACGUAUUAUGGUCACGGGACCUUUUGGUCAGGAAUCUCUGAUUGCAGACUGAGCUACGAUAUCUGUGGUUUCCUGUAGUUUCCUUUCAAUCGGAGGGAUUUUAGCCUUGGAAACGAGGUGUGUGUGUGCCUGUUAGCCAAUCGGUGACUUCAAUCACUGUGCGGAAAUUCAGCAAAACCCCAACACGCCAUUAUUUAACGUUUAAUUUAUUCUCUUACCUGCCACUGGAAGGAUUUUAGAAACUCUUUCAUACCGGGAAAUUAUAUUGUGUGAAACAGUC